GCAACGGUCGGUCUCCAACGGUCGGCCGUUAUGACGGCCUUUCCCUCGCCCGCCGAGGCCGGUCCCUGAGGGGAGCCUCGAGUGGGACCCCCACCCCCCGUCCCCACGCGACCACCAACGGGUGGGGGGCCAGAUUCACCUCAGGUUGACCUCUGACCCCUCGCCAGGCCCCCUCAGCCUUGCCAGCCCACCGACGUGGGCCAUUGUGGCGGGGGAGGGCAGCCCCUUCCCCCAAAUAGAAGAAGGCCCUCAGUCAGGGCAGGAACCCCCCCCUCCGCCCUGGGGCAUCCCGCCUUUCCCAGUUGUGCCCCAGGGAAAGUGGGAAGCGGCCUGGAGCAGGGGGCCGGCUUCUCCGGGAAGACCCACCCGCGCAGGCCUUCCUCGCUCUUUCCCAUGUCUCGAUGGACUCCCGGAUGUAACAGGCUGUAUACCCUAAAAGCGGAUAUGAAGAGUGACGUUCCCUCUGAUGCACCAAAGAGACAGGAGAGCCUGAAGGGGAUCCUCCUGAACCCCGAACCCCUCGAGGCGGCCAAGAGCUUCCCCGAAGAAGUGGAGAUGAUUGCCAGUAAAGUGGGGAAUGACUUUUCCCACCUGUGCGGCGACUCCCCGAAGCAGGAGAAGGCCACGGGCGGCAGCCGGCCCGAGCGAGACAAGGGGACGGGCGUGCGGAAGAAGCGCAAGAGCCAGCAGGCCGGCCCCUCGGACGCCCAGAAGGGAAGCCCGGGCCCGCUGGGGCCGAGGCGGCCCUCGGAGCCGCAGAGCGACGACGAAGACGACGACGAAGACGACGACGACUCCUCUUUCAGCGACUGCGUCUCCUCCCCGUCCUCCAGCCUGCAUUUCGGGGACUCGGACACGGUCACCUCGGACACGGACCGGGAGGCCCCGGAGCGGCCCCCGCCCCCGGCGGCCUUGAGCGCCAAGGGCCGGACUCAGGGGGCCCGGGCCCCGAAGUGGCCGCGGCCCGAGCCCGAGCCCGUGUCGGGCCUGUUCAUGAAGCGGCCCUGCUUCCACGGCGGCUCCCUGCGCAGGCUGCCCUGCCGCAAGAGGUUCCUGAAGAGCGGCUCCUCGCAGCGGACGCAGAAACAGAAGGAGCGGAUUUUGCUGCAGAGGAAGAAGCGGGAGGUGUUGGCCCGCAGGAAGUUCGCCCUGCUGCCCAGCUCCAGCGGCUCCAGCGAGAACGAUCUCAGCAGCGAGUCGUCCGCCAGCUCCUCCACCGAAGGAGAGGAAGAUCUGUUCGUGGCCCCCGGCGAGAGCCACCAGGCCAGCUCCAGCCUUCCCUCAGGAAGCAUAGACGAAGAUGUCGUGGUGAUCGAAGCGUCCUCCACCCCCCAAGUCACUGCCAACGAAGAAAUCAACGUUACCUCAACGGACAGUGAGGUGGAGAUCGUGACGGUCGGCGAGAGCUACCGGUCUCGUUCCAACCUCGGCCACUCGAGAUCCCCCUGGGGCCAGAGCGCUGCCUCUCAUCCCGCCCGGCCGCAGGAGCCCCGCAGCCGCAGCCGGGUCUCCACGGUCAUCCAGCCGCUGCGGCAGAGCGCGGCCGAAGUGGUGGACCUCACCGUGGAUGAAGACGAGCCGACAGUGGUGUCGACCCCCUCCGCUCGAGUGGAGUCCCAGGUGGGGAGUUCUUCCAGCACUUGCUCCAAUGCCCCUACCUCAGAGCAGGCCUCCGACGCUGCCUCAGCCGUCUCCAACCGCCAACCUCCCGUAGCUCCCGAGACUUCCACCGUUCUCCCCGGCAGCCCGCCGGGCCCUUCUGCAGGAGAGGACCUCAGGAGACCGGCACCGAGUGCCACACUGGAAACGAGCCCCCCGGCCAUGCCGCGGCUGCCCUCCUGCUGCCCCCAGCAUUCGCCGUGCGGAGGGUCGGCGCCGAGCCACCACGCCCUGGGGCCCCCCCCGCACGCCAGCUGCUUCCAGCAGCACAGCCACCACUUCCAGCACCACCACCACCACCACCACCACCACCAGGCCCCGCUCCCGGCCGGCCCGCUCUCCCCCGCCUUCGGCGACCCCAGCUGCCCCGGGGAGAGGCACCCGCCGGCCCCGGCCCCGUGCGGCACCAGCAGCAGCUCCGGCUCCGGCUACCACGACCAGGCCCUCCCGGUGGAUCUGAGCAGCAGCGGCAUCCGAAGCCACGGAGGGGGCAGCUUCCACGGCGCGUCCGCCUUCGACCCCUGCUGCCCUGCUUCUUCUUCUUCCCGUUCGGCCAUCUUCGGCCACCAGGCCGGGGCCGGGCCCAGCCAGCCCAUCUCCAUGGACGGCUUCGGAUCGAGCCUGGUGGCCCAGAGCCAGCCCCAGCCCCCUCCCCAAGCCUCGCUCUCGUCCUGCCGCCAUUACAUGCCGCCUCCGUAUACUUCCUUGACGAGACCACUGCUCCACCAGGCUUCCGCCUGCCCCCACUCGCACGGGAAUCCCCCCGCGCAGCCGCCGCCGCCGCCGCCGCCGCCGCCUCCGCCCCAAGUGGACUACGUGAUCCCGCACCCCGUCCACCCCUUCCACGCGCAGAUAUCUUCCCACGCCGCGUCUCACCCCGUGGCGGCCCCGCCCCCGCCCCACCACCUGGCCAGCCCCGCCGCCCCGCUCCCCCAGCACCUGCCGCCCGCCCACCAGCCCAUGUCUCACCACAUCCCGGCCGCGGCCCCGGCGGCCCAGAGGCUGCACCCCCACGACGUGAUCCAGAGGAUGGAGGUCCAGAGGAGGAGGCUGAUGCAGCACCCGACGCGGGCCCACGAACGCCCUCCGCCCCACCCUCACAGGAUGCACCCCAACUACGGCCACGGGCAUCACAUCCACGUGCCUCAGACCAUGUCGUCGCAUCCCCGGCAGGCUCCGGAGCGGUCCGCCUGGGAACUGGGGAUUGAAGCCGGAGUGACGGCAGCCACCUACCCCCCGGGCCCGCUCCACACCCACCUGGGCCACUACCACGCGCCGCCCCGACUCCACCACCUGCAGAUCGGGGCCCUCCCGCUAAUGGUUCCAGACAUGGCGGGCUACCCUCACAUCCGUUACAUUUCAUCGGGAUUGGACGGCGCGUCAUUCAGAGGCCCUUUCAGGGGCAAUUUUGAGGAGCUGAUCCACCUGGAGGAGCGGCUGGGCAACGUCAACCGCGGAGCCUCGCAGGGAACCAUCGAGAGGUGUACAUACCCGCACAAGUACAAGAAGGUAACCACUGAUUGGUUCUCACAGAGGAAACUGCACAGCAAGCAAGAUGGGGAGGAAGGGACAGAGGAGGACACCGAGGAAAAGUGCACCAUCUGUUUGUCUAUACUAGAGGAAGGGGAAGACGUCAGGCGCCUUCCGUGUAUGCACCUCUUCCACCAGGUGUGCGUCGACCAGUGGCUCAUCACCAACAAGAAGUGUCCCAUCUGCAGAGUGGACAUUGAGGCCCAGCUGCCCAGCGAAAGUUGACCCCGUUUCCCCGAACUCUUGCCCUCCUCCCCUCCCCGUCCUCCCCGGUACCGCAGUCAACCAAAGAUGGCACGACGACUCACCCACCGCACCCGCUCGGGAGCGCCGGGGCCGGGCCCGCCCGCUCCGCUCGACGGUACAGCUCGCCCUCGACCUACAGUUUGUGGAGACCGUUGAUUUUCAAUGUAUUUAUAAAGCUUU